AUGGACUUCCGAACGCCGAAUGUGCAGAAGCGACGUGACGCAGUCGUCCUCCCUCUGGCGAAGCAUCCCGAGAACCCGAGUUUGUGGAAUGACGAGAUUCUAUUAAGACUCAAUGAAUUCAUGGGUGACGUCGACACAUUCCACAAAGUCUUCGUGCCUUGUAAUGAGCCGUGCCCCGUACCCAGCAGGAAGGAGGCCAUCUACGGGGCCUUUCUUCCGCUCGUUGGUAUCAGGAACGAGCUCGAAAUGUAUGAUCCACUAAUCCAAGGCUUGGACUUGAUUACAUCCGAAUUUCCGAACAAUAAGCCUCUUGAAUUCCGCAAUACAUCACGAACUGAUUUCCACUUUCCGUUUGCGAGGUGGGAUCCCCAACAUCAUAUAACACGACCGGAUGUGGUGGCAUUGGUUCCCAAUACGUCACCCGAUUCCACGGAGCUCGACAAGUGGAGGAAUGUUUCACUCGUAUUUGAGGUCAAGGCCAAAGAAAGCGAAGACCCGGUGCUCAGCUCUAGCAGCUCUAGCGAAGAACACGCCAGGACGAGGAUUCAGCUUGCAAAAAAUGUCAGGAACUUGAUGUUCGCCCAUAACAAUUUAUACUGCUUUGUGGUCGGCAUUUACGAACAGAUCGCUCGCAUCUUUCGAUUUGACAGAGUGUCCGCCAUUGCAUCACCCCCGAUACCUUACCGAACAGAUCCGACAAAGCUGCGGGAGUUUCUGUGGCACUUUGUCCAUCCAGCAUAUGGCAAUGGUGUCAAUGGUAUGGACAAGCUAUCCGUGCGAGCGACGGGAAGCUGUGUCCACUGGACUCAAGAUUUAUUUGACUCUCAUGGUCAGCCAUUGACAGCUGAAGACCUAGAGCAUAACCAUCUGGUGACUAUUCCUCCGAUGACAGUGGUCAAACCAAACCUCUUUGGACGCUGCACGGUUGUACAGGAAGUGGUCAGGAAGAGCGAUGAAGGUGCGGAUGUGACCAGGUGUAUCAUGAAAGAGUCAUGGCGACAGGAUAUCUGGACCUCUGAACUGGAAUUCUAUGAAUGCAUUAAGGAGCGCAUUAAGCUUUUGGAGAAGCAUGCUGCACAAGGAGGUGAGAAGUUUGAGUUAGUUGGGCUUGCACGAAUAGUGCGUGGCGUGGAUCUCAGCACUCUGGAGAUGUCAAAGCUGGAGCGCAGGACAGGGAGGAUGCCAUCAGCAUUAUUUGGCUCUUAUUGCCCGGAAGACACGAACCUGCAAAGUUCAUCGUUGAGUAAGGCUAUCACUAUGUUACUGCCUCAUCCUCCGCAGACGCCUCCACCAAAGAAACGACAGGCAGAUCCACCCAAAGCGGUGCUCGUUGGAGCUGCCUCUCAAGAAAGCAUCUCCCUUCUAGAUGCUGUCACCACAUUGAGCCAGUCACCUACCCUCCUUGACAAUAAGGCUACCACGUUCUUAUUGCCCCAGGCCAGCGCGGUGCCGGUGGUGGUCCCUGAUUCUACCUAUCACCACACGAUGUCAGGACUCGUCCGAAACUCAGAUCUAGGAAUGACUACUGAAUGGAACCAGAUGCAUCUGAUCUUGGAUAUAAUUGGUCUCCCGAUCGAUGAUUUUUGCCAGACCAAGGAGAUGGUACUAGCAAUUCAUGAUGCCAUGACAGGUCAUCAAUUUGCUUAUGAGUCUGGCAUCUUACACCGGGACGUCAGUCAUGGUAACAUCAUGAUUGCGGAAGGUAAACCUUUCAAAGAGUUUAUCCUGGACUUCGAUUACAGUAGUUUCUGGAUGGAUGCGCAAGCGAAGAAGAACCUCGUGCCUGCAAUCAUUGGCGCUAUCAUGGAGGCUUGCAGAUGGUAUGGGGACCAUCUGUUCGAGGAAGGAGACUCUGCGAGAACGACAAUACCCCAUGUCAGCAAUAAUGUGAUGUAUGACAUCAGGAAAUCUACAAGUUUUUGGGAGUGUCUUGGAAUGCUUGCCAUCUCGAAGCCGGUCUUGAUCUUGGAAAGUUGUCUUGGAGCCGGUCUUGGCCUUUGA